AUGCACGCCAUUCGACGCACGCUCAACCGAGUUGGAAGACCAGCUCUCACAAGACAGCUCAGCACAGCGACGUCCUCAAGCCCUACGGUUCUACAGCAAUGGAUCGAUUCGGCGCCUUCGAACGUGCUCUACCUCGAGGACCAUGUCACGCUUUCUCGUGUUCGGUCCCUCGUCUCGACAAUUGAGGUACCGCAGGAUGGACUGGCUUCCGUUUGGUCGGCUAAGGGGUAGGCUUUGGGCGUGCUCUGGCUUCUAGAGAGCCAAUUAUUGGGCUAUAGCAAUAGCUGAUUGAUCUGCCUUCCCUCGAACCCCAUCCGGCCCCUCGUACUCGCAGAGACAUCCUACCCCCAGGCUGGACACUCCUCUUCUUCCCACCCUGGGAUUCUACCACCUCCUCCCUAGGGCCCGACGGCACUGUAUUACGACAAGGACUAAGAGGUACUCCACGACUCAGCUCCGAGGUACACGAGUGA